AUGAAUCCUCAAACCACCCGCCGCCCGAUCCAGAAAGUCUCAACGGCCGUUGCUCAAUGCGCUGUAGAGGCGACGGCAUACGGGAAAUGCAUCGUAGCAGAUUAUAACGACGUGACCAAGGACAAGUGUGCUCGGGAAUUUCUGAGAUUAAAAGAUUGCUAUCUGGUUAGAUAUUAUCCAGUCUUCUUCACCCUAUAG